GGCGGGGGGCGCGGGUGCGCAGGCAUGGACGCGGUGCCCGGCGUGGAGCCCUCGGAGCUGGUGGACCUGACGAAGCACCGCGGCUGGCCGCUGCUGGAGCACGAGCGCUGCGGCCUCAGCCAGAGCGACCGCAUCAUCGGCGGCAGCGACGCCGCGCUCGGCGCCUACCCGUGGGUCGUGCGCAUCGGCUACCUGGGAACCCAGGCCGUCGGAGCCAGCCCCGGUUACGCCGCUGCGGCGGGCGGCCCUCAUCAACAAGUUCUUACCGUGGUGACGGCGGCGCACUGCUUUCACGAGGCCUUCCAGCGCUCUCUCAAAGUGGCAGCGCUCCGGCUGGGUGAACACAACACGCAGACCAACCCGGACUGCGAGAACAGCGUGUGCGCGGACCCAGUGCAGGACUUCCAGCCGUCCGAGAUUCUGGUGCACAAGUCGUACGGUGUGCCUCAGUUCAAAAACGACAUAGCGCUCAUUCGUCUGGACCACGAGGCGCAGCUCACCUCUUACGUGAUGCCCAUCUGCAUGAUGUCUGGUCCACUCCUCACCAAGGACUACGUCAAUCUCACCACGGAGGUUGCAGGCUGGGGAGUCUACGACAUUGACGUGCCCAAGCCGGCGAUCGUCCUGCAGACCAUCAAGCUGACGGUGGUGGAGAACGAGCGGUGCGCCAAAUCGUUCAAGGAGCAGGCGGAGAUCGGGCCGACGCAGAUGUGCGUGGGCGGCGACGUGGGCUACGACUCGUGCAGCGGCGACAGCGGCGGCCCGCUCAUGAAGGUGGAGGUGCACCAGGGGCCGCCGCGCUACUACCUGCUCGGCGUGGUGUCGUUCGGAGCCAAGCGCUGCGGCGCCACCACCAUGCCUGGCGUCUACACACGCAUCGUCUCGUUCAUGACGUGGAUCCUCGAGAACAUGCAUGACUUUUCACAGCCUGGGAUAACAAAUAAUAAAAUUAGGGAAAUAAAAUUAAACAAUAUUCUUCCAAUGAACAAAACAAAACCAAUUAAUAAUUCUAAAUGGAUGAAUUCUAUU